AUGAAUGAAGAUAUUUUUUAUAAACUGAAUAAUUUUCUUUUAAACCCAACACUAGAACAAACACUUUCUAUUUUUGAAGCAGACGGGUAUAUCCGUCUCAAUAUGGUGUAUAUAUCACCUAUACACCUACAAAUAUUUAGAAAUCAUUUACUAAAGUUUGGUCUUGUAAAGAUGUACAUAAAUAAUCAAGGACUAGGAUUUAUUUUUAGGAAUUUUAAAUUGAAUUUCUUUGGCAGUAAUGUAAUUACUUUUAAACAAGAUACAUCGAAUCUAAGCACCCCUAAAAUAUGGUCUAUAGAAAUUACAUUUGAUCCUACUAUAGACGAUAAUUGUGGUAUCCCAGCUAUGAAUGAAAUAGAACAGUUUCUACAACAAUGUGAUGCUCUCUUUUUUAUGACAUAUUUUGUAGAUAUCGAUAAAGAAAUCCUUAAUAGAAGUCUAGCAGACAGUGUUGAUUUUAUGUAUAAAAGAAAUAUUUAUAAAAAGAAAUAA